GGCCACUUGUUGCAUAGCGGAAGCCUAACCGGUGUCAAGUUCUCUCGUCUUGUGUACUUGAUUGACAGUAGCGAAGAUAUAUAAGAAUGGAAUUCAAGAUGAACAUGAAGGUUAUCUCCGUUUGUGUCGCAUUCUUCGUUAUUUUCGAAUGCAAGGCAGAUCCACUCUUUACUGUCGAUCACGGCUCUGAAAGUUUCACCCCUGAAGAACCCUGCUCCAGCCAGGGGGGAAUGUGCGCCCUGGAGGACUUCUGCCCCGAGGAGGACAGGUUCCCCGAGAAGGGCCUCUGCCCCACACAACAGGGCCAGGGAGCAGAAUGUUGCAGGAGAAUUCCCCAGAACGUCCGCGACUGUAAGAAGCGUGGAGGCUUCUGCAUCGUGGAGGCUGACUGCAAGGCCAACGCUCAGGAGGCCUUCUUCGGUGUCUGCCCCGAUCUCGAUCACGUCUGCUGCAUGCUGGGCGUAUAACGCAAAGGAGUGAGUGAGUGCUUCGUUGACUAAAAUGAUGUUGACGCAGAUCAAGAAGGGGAUUCACGAGCAAAAUGUUUUUGUAUGCUUUUUUUUUUAUUUAUCUACCUAACAGAUGCUGUCAAAAUGAGAAUAAAUUUCUGCUUAACCUG